AAACCAGAUUUGAAGAUUUUCGAUGAAAUUUGUCAAACGCUAUAAAAAUACGACACAAAAAGAAGUAAUUCUAAAAUGGGUGCUGGUGAAUCGAAAGAGAUACGUGGCUAUACAAUCGAUGAAAAGCUUGGGAGUGGUUGUUUUGGUGAAGUCUUUAAAUGUAAUAAAGAUGGAAAAACCUACGCCAUUAAGAAAAUGGUGGUGAAUGAUUCGGCAACUAUAAAAGAAGUUCGUUCACACAUGGGUCUAUCUCAUAUUAAUGUGGUCAAAUAUAUAGAUAGCUUUUCAGAUGAGGGAUAUUUGUGGAUUGUACUUGAGUAUUGUAGUGGGGGAAAUUUGAAUGAUUACGUGUUACGUCAAAAUCCGAAUAGCUCAGAAUUGAUACGAUGUAUUAGGCAAGUUUUGUAUGGAGUGGAAUACCUCCAUUCAAACAGAGUACUACAUAGAGAUAUCAAACCUGAUAAUGUUAUGAUGCAGGGUAACACGUUGAAGCUUGCUGAUUUUGGUCUUGCUCGUAUAUGGAGCUUAUCUAAUGACUCCGAAUAUUACGAUCUUAAGGGUCAGAAAGGUUUAGGACCACCCUACUACACUGCACCAGAAGUCCAACUUGGAAAUAUUACCAAGGCUGUUGAUAUUUUUAGUGUUGGCUGUAUGAUUAUAGCCAUGUUUUCACGUACAACAAUAUCUUGGGCUGGAGGGAAGCAACUCCUGGCUCCAUAUAUAAAUAAUCCCAAUAACCAGAUUACUGAUGCUUCAGAGCAAGCCAAGAAAAAUUACGUUGGUAAACUUAAUGGUCUGACGGGAGGACAAAAGGAUAUGGUUGUCAAAAUGGUGGAAGAUAAGUGGAGAAAUAGACCCAGUGCCACAGCAGCUAAAGCAUCAUUUUAGAACUAUUGUAUUUAUAAACUAUAUGUAUAUGAACUUUCAUAUAAUAAAUGGUCAAAAACACUGUCAAAAUCAACACACACAAUGAUAUCCUAGGAUAUAAACAUAAUGCAUGAAAUUUUUAAAACUUAAACAUUGUCUACCAUCUCAUCUUGUUAUUAAAACUGUUAAAAUAAA